ACCCGGGUCUACGCCAUGCGCGUGCUGCUGCCACUGCUGCGCACCAGCUGGGCCUGGCGCUUGGGCGCCCCGGCUGCCGCCGCCGCAGCCGCCGCCGCCCGCCUGCCGCGGGGAGCGAGCGCAGGGCCCGGGCCGCGCCGCGCCAUGGCUUUUUACCGCACAGAGGAGCGCGGCCAGCCCCACUCUCCCGGUUACCGCCUCUUUUUCAAGAAUGUAGCUGGUCACUACAUUUCCCCCUUUCAUGAUAUUCCUCUGAAGGUGGACUCUGAAGAGGAAAAUGGCAUUCCUACAAAGAGAGCACGAAAUGAUGAAUAUGAGAAUUUGUUUAAUAUGGUUGUAGAAGUACCUCGGUGGACAAAUGCUAAAAUGGAGAUUGCCACAAAGGAGCCACUGAAUCCCAUUAAACAAGAUGUAAAAGACGGCAAGCUUCGCUACGUGGCAAAUAUCUUUCCUCACAAGGGUUAUAUAUGGAAUUAUGGUGCCCUCCCUCAGACUUGGGAAGAUCCCCAUCGAAAAGAUAAGAGCACAGACUGCUGUGGAGAUAAUGAUCCUAUUGAUGUUUGUGAAAUAGGCUCAAAGGUUCUCUCUCGUGGAGAUGUUGUUCAUGUGAAGAUCCUCGGAAUUUUGGCUCUUAUUGAUCAGGGUGAAACAGAUUGGAAAUUAAUUGCUAUCAAUGUGAAUGAUCCUGAAGCCUCGAAGUUUCAUGAUAUUGAAGAUGUUAAGAAGUACAAACCUGGUUACUUAGAAGCUACGCUUAAUUGGUUUAGAUUUUAUAAGAUACCAGAGGGAAAACCAGAAAACCAGUUUGCUUUUAAUGGAGAAUUCAAGAACAAGGCUUUUGCUCUUGAAGUUAUUAAAUCUACUCAUGAAUGUUGGAAAGCAUUGCUUAUGGAGAAGUGUGCUGGAGGGGCUAUAAAUUGCACAAAUGUGCAGGUAUGUGAUAGCCCUUUCCAUUGCUCUCAAGAGGAAGCAAGAUCAUUAGUUGAAUCGGUGUCAUUUUCACUGAAUAAAGGAAGUAAUGAAGAAGAUCAAGUAUGGCACUUCCUUGGCAAGUGAUGAGAACAUUUGAAGUUCUGCCAUCAGGAUUCCAGUCUCUAAAAACUCCAAGACUCCAUCUCCCCCAAGUGCUAGAAACAAGCAGAUCUAUGAGAAUCUGCUAACUUCCUGUUGAAACUUCUUUUUUUUUUUUUUCAAACUUUUUGAGAUAUGCAAAGUGUAAAUAAACAUUGAAAUUUUUGAAUUA